AAAGAACUUUCUCAAAACAUUAUUUAGGUUUGAGUGUUUUUUCUGAAGUAUUUUCAAAUAAGUGGAUUUGGUUCUUAAUUUCCCCUCGAAAAGUAUGCUGAAAAUAUUCGCUUUGGCAAUAGUAGCAACGGCUCUUGCAGCCCCCCAGCCCGACUUAAAAGCCGCCGAAUCUUGCGACGCCUCCAAAUGCAAGCUACCCGACUGCAGAUGUGCAUCCACGAACCCUCCGGAAGGCCUCGACCUCGACCAAAUCCCUCAAUUCGUUUUGCUCACAUUUGACGACGCCGUCCAAAUUGCAAAUUACGACAUCUACACCGACCUUUUCUUUAACAAGACCAACCCCGAUGGGUGUCCCGUUCAAGCGACAUUCUUUUUGUCUCACGAGUACACGGAUUACACCAAAGUGCACGACUUGUACGUAAACAAACAGGAAAUUGCCCUGCAUUCCAUCACUCAUCAAGCCUUGACCGAUUAUUGGAAAAAUCUCACCCUCGAUGGACUCCAAGCCGAGUUUGGGGACGAAAAGACCCUCAUUACACACUUUGCGAAUAUCCCCGAGGAUGCCUUUAAAGGGAUGAGAAUCCCGUUUUUGCAACUGUCAGGAGAUAACAGCUUCGAAUUCGCCAAAUCGCUUGGCUUGACCUACGACUGCUCAUGGCCCACUCAGACCUUCCGGAAGCCCGGACUUUGGCCAUACACCCUAGACUACAGGUCGAACCAGGAUUGUCCCAUCGGUCCAUGCCCAGAAAGCUCGAUUCCGGGUGUGUGGGUGGUCCCCAUGAUCGACUGGACCGACAAGAGCAAUAACGUGUGCUCCAUGGUCGAUGCUUGUGUCGAUAUCCCCGAUGACGACGCCGACAAGCUUCUCCAAUGGUUCAUCGAUAAUUUCAAUGUCCAAUACCAAGGCAAUAAAGCGCCAUUUGGGUUCUACAUCCACGCUGCUUACUUCAACGUCAAUCCGGUUCGUCUCGAAGCAUAUAAAAAAUUCGUCGAUUAUCUGCAAACUCUGAAAGAUGUUUUCCUCGUGAGUCCUAGUAAGGCCAUUGAGUGGAUUAAAAACCCAGUUCCUAUUGGGUCGGGUGAUUGGCCUGCGUGUCCUGAUGUUGAGGAUUUGGGGUGCACGAAACAGACGUGUGAGUUGAUGAAGGAAGAUGAUCCAAAUCCGAGGUAUAUGACGUUCUGUGGAACGGAAUGUCCGGCUGUGUAUCCCUGGCUUGGAAAUCCAUUGGGUGAUCAAUAAAUAAAAAAUUUGUUUACAUUUAUCAAAAUAAAUUAAAUAAAAAUGUUACUCCUAUGUAA